AUGGGCUACACCGUCGAUCAAGAUGAGAGCCAAAUGGAGGAAGAAGCGGGUUCGCCGCCUCAAGCGCAAGAGAAGAAAGAUGAGGGCCAGAUCCAAAUAAACGCAUCGCAUCUCAACCUGACUUGACUCAUCUAUCAUGAUGUUACGACCUCGCACGCCUCAACGAUACCUUGGCCGAAGCAGGGCACUUGCCGUUCUGGCGCCUCUGGGAUCUCCCGCAACGCAUUGAGCUGGGAUUUGACUUUGGGAAUUACGUCAGGGUGGUUGAACCCCGCACUUGAGCGGCUGAUGUGGCACACAAUGAAUAUUAUGGUGGAUGGGAUUAUGACAAUCAGAUGGUCAGGUACAAGGCGGUGUUGGAUCGACCACUAUCAAAUGCUCACCAACACAAAGCAUCACAACAACAUUCAAAGAUAAAGAAAUACAGAGAUUCCUCUGCCAA